UCUCUUCAUCACUCAAAUAAUAUUUCCUCUUUGUUGCUUUUUUAGUUAUUUGUCUUUGCCUUCAAAGAAAUACACACAAAGAAAAAGAAAAAAAGAAAGAGAAAAACAAAGAGAGCUUUGUUCUUCAUCUUCAAUCAGAAAAAAUUGCAAGAAAGAUUUGAUGUUGUAAUGGAAACCAAAGGUGGUAAGAAAAAUUCUUCUUCCAGUAGUAUCCAAUACGAAGCUCCUCUCGAUUACAUCAUCGAAGACGUUCGUCCUAACGGUGGCAUCAAAAAAUUCCGAUCUGCUGCUUACUCUAACUGCGUGAGGAAGCCAUCCUGAUACUCUUUUUUUCUAAUUUUCUUGCCUUUUAUUUUCAAUCAAAUUCCAUAAUCCAUUUUCCAAUAAUUCUAGUUCAUUUUUUUUUUUUAUUACUAAAAUGGCUGUUUCUGCAAUUGGGUUUGAGGGCUAUGAAAAAAGGCUAGAAAUCACAUUUACUGAGCCACCUAUGUUCAUUGACCCAUCCGGUUCGGGUCUGCGAGCCUUAACUCGUUCACAACUCGACUCGAUCCUCGAACCAGCUUGUUGCACCAUUGUUUCACAGCUAUGCAACACUGAGUUCGACUCGUAUGUGCUCUCCGAAUCGAGUUUAUUUGUUUAUCCUAUGAAGAUUAUUCUGAAGACUUGUGGUACUACAAAGCUUCUGUUAUCCAUUCCUCAGAUUUUGGAACUCGCUGAGACGCUCUCACUCGGUGUUGACUCGGUGAAGUACUCGCGCGGGACGUUUAUUUUUCAAAAUACACAACUUGCCCCUCAUCGGAGCUUCUCCGAGGAGGUGGCGUUUCUCAACUCGUUCUUUAAGAACGGGAAUGCUUAUGUACUCGGCGAUCUGAAAUCGCCGAGUACCAACUGGCAUGUCUAUGUGGCACAUGUGGGCCCAUGCAAGUUGGCUGAUCCGACGGCUAAGGUUACUUUGGAAAUGUGCAUGACGGGAUUGGAUCGUGAAAAAGCGGCUGUAUUUUUCAAAAAAUCGGGAGACGAUUAUUUGGAGGGGUGUGAAAUGACGAAAAUGUCCAGGAUAUGUGAUAUUAUUCCAAGUCAUGAGAUUUGUGAUUUUGAGUUUGAGCCUUGUGGAUAUUCUAUGAAUGGGAUUGACGGUGCAGCAUACUCUACGGUGCACGUGACACCAGAGGAUGGGUUCAGCUACGCUAGCUAUGAAGCCAUGGGGUUAAACCUUGGGUCCGUUGGGCUUGAGCCGCUGGUCAAGAGGGUGCUGACGUGUUUCGAGCCAGCUGAGUUUAGUGUGGCCAUCACGUGUCUUGGUGGGUCCUAUGAGGACGUACGUGUUGAUGUGGAAGGGUACACAUCUCGCAAUGUGGUGAAGCAGGAUUUUCCAGGUGGCGGGUACAUCAUCUAUCGGUGCUUCACCGUCACGGAAAAAGUGAGCGGGGUCCACACUACUAGCUCCAACCCUAAGGCAGAGAAAGGGAGCGUGGUCCCCACUGCGGCCAACUCCGACCCUAAGAAGAUGGUGCAUUGCUGGAAGGAGGAGGCGGCGAAGUUGCGGCGGCCUUCCGAUGCGUUGGUUCUGUCUAGCAUGACGGGUUCAAUAAUAGGCUUGGGUCAUAACACAACCCGACCAAAUUUGUCAGCUAUGGUUGGGGACUAAUGACAAGGCAUGUUGUAGUUUGUUAAUAUUUUCAUUUUAGUUCAAUCAGGCCCUUGUGUUUUGGAAUAAAUGGACUUCUAGUCCUACCCAAUUAGAUCUAAGUUUCAAUUAGGUCCUGAUAUGAGGCCUAUUGUCUUGUAGCCAAAAGAUGGAAUUAUUGUAUUGACUAUAAUGCAAUGCAGUUUCAGUUCUCGUUGGAUUA